AUGUUCAGCCAACGAAUUACCCAGUCUAGCCGUCGAGUCGGGCAGGCAGCGACUCGAUCCACAAUCAGGAACGGCGUCUUGAGGCGAGGCUAUGCCGGAGAGGCCAGCUCCAUGUCUGCUUCCUCAAAGUCCACUCCUCCCCCUCCUCCACCACCGCCGCCUCGCAGCAACUCUGGCAGCAGAGUCGCACUCUACGGACUCGUAUUCACGACGCUUGGCGCGGUCGCCACCUGGAAGAUCAUGACGCAGGUCGGCAUGGGGUUCUACUCGGACGAGGACAGCAACGGGCGGGCAGCCGCGCACGCCGAAGCGAACGGGGACGAGACGACGCGGCGCGUCGAGGCGACCAUCAACGCGCACCCUCUGGUGGCGGCGCUGCGCGCGCGACCCGAGAUGACCGAGUCGCGGCCGCACAUGAAGAUGCCCGCGUCGUACCGGCAGCACACGCUGACGGGCGGCGCGCUGCUGGGGCCCGGUCGGAUGGUGGUGCCGCCGUUCUCGUGGACCGAGGACGGCGGCCGCUCGCUCGUCGGCGUGUCGUACGUCGGUGCCGAGCUGUGCGGCCACCCGGGCAUCGUCCACGGCGGGUUCAUCGCGACGAUGCUCGACGAGGGGCUCGCGCGCUGCUGCUUCGGCGCGCUCCCGCACAACAUCGGCGUCACGGCUAACCUCAACAUCGACUACCGCAAGCCCAUGCCCGCGGACAGCUUCCUGGUGCUGCGCGCGACCACGACAAAGGUGGAGGGCCGCAAGGCCUGGGUCAAGGGCCACAUCGAGCUGCUGCAGGACGAGGGCGCGCCGCCGGUCAUCUUUGCCGAGGCCACGGCCAUGUUCGUGUCGCCCAAGCACGCUGCUGUGAUGCCCAAGAUCCAGUAA